UCGUGCGGGAGGGGUUUAAAGUUUGUUUUUAGCGGCAUACCACUUGUGACUACGGAGCUGAACGGAUCGUCUUGAAACAAGCUCUGAUAGAUUUUUUAUAUUUUUGAUAGAAGUCGAUAGUUGAAGCAUCAUGCCACGUGGACAGAAGAAGAAAAAGGCUGGAGAAGGAAAGGCAGGAGCCUCCAAGAAGAUCCUUACUGAGCAGGCAGCUGAAGCAAUGGAGUCAAAGACCAGUCAGGCCACAACAACAGCCACUACUAGCACAGUCACUUCUAACACAGUCACAGACACUGCUACCACAACGCAGACAGGGUCAGCUGCUGAUGAAGACUCUAAUGACCAGCCCGAGGAGGCCCUGACACAGGACCAGCCUGACAACGAGGAGCUACUCCCUGGUGAUGACCAGUCUGAGGAGGGUUGUGCUGCUGCAAUGAAAAAUCAAUACAAAUAAAUCUAAAUAAUAUAUGUUUCAUUUAUAAAUUUAUGAUA